AUGUCGAUGCUCCCAGAUAUCAGGGUAGCCAGUGACAAAGGUGUUGCUGCUUGCAUGGACCAGGUUGCUCUGGCGGAUGGCGCCAUGCCGACGUCAUUCAUAGGGACAUGCUGUUCGAUGACUUGGCCGGAAUUCGUGGAUUCUCUCACAGAAUCCAUGCGAUGCUACAAGCAGUGUGUGGCCGCCCUCGACUUGGCCUGUGAAUUCGUCACCCACUGGCGUCACAACGUGGAGCUCAUGGAAAUACUGGGCCCCAUGACGAUUGGCGGUUGCCAAAGCAAGGAGUGCGACAUUUUGUUCCUCGAAAUGGGCACAAAUCGGUAUACUGGGCUCGAUUUCAUCGAAUACGAGCUAAGCAUAGUGAAGCCUUGA